CCGGGGAGGGGCCCCGCAGAUGCCGUGUCCGCCCCCCUUCCUAGGCCGGGGCCCCCACGGUGUCGGGAGCAGGAGGAAUCAAUCAGGAUAAUGAAGCCGCAGCCUGCCACGCACCGCGGGGGCACUGAGGAGCCGGGGCCGGUGCCAAGUCCGCCAGACGGUUCGGAGGAGCCGAGCCCUGCGCGGUGCGGCGGCGGCGGCGGCGGCGGCGGCGGCGGCGGCGGCGGCGGCGGCGGCGGGGACGGGGACGGGGACGGGGACGGGGACGGGGACGGGGACGGCGGCGGCGGCGGCGGCGGGGACGGGGACGGCGGCGGGGACGGGCACGGCGGCGGGGACGGGGACGGCGGCGGGGACGGGGACGGCGGCGGGGACGGGCACGGCGGCGGCGGCGGCGGCGGAAGCCCGGAGCAGGCGCGCAGAGGUCGGACGCAGCCCCGCGCAGGCCCCUGGCAACCGCGCCUUGGCAACCGGGACGCCCGAGAGGAAUCUUAAAGCUACAGCGCCGCCUUUUUCUCACAGCAGCCGCCUGCUGGACCCCAAGGGAAAGAAAUAGAAGGUGUACUUCCUAUAAAUCUUGAAAGGCCUCAAUGUUUACCCUCCAUGGCUGAAGUUACUCGGUAAGGAUGAUGUUACUGAAAGAUGUGUUCUGACAGGUCAAGAGAAAUGAAUAAAAGUGCUACAUCACCUCAGCCUGGUUCCAGAAAACCAUUAUGAGCUCUCUCAGUCACUGGAAUAGGUCAAAGGAGCAAUGGCAUCAUCACCCACAAAGAAGGCUGAUUCCAGCAGGAGGUGGUAGAAGGCAACUUUUGGCCAGACCAGAAGAGAAGUUAACCACCUCUCUUGCAAGUUGGCACCUCUACCACCCAUUAUGUUGAGCCAAAUCUAGGUUUCCUCCUGUCCACUUCAACCAGUGCCCAGAUGUGAAAGACAUUUCUCCAGAUCUUUCUGAUUUACCUGUCCAUGACUUCAGCUGGAGGGGGAAAAGAACAGUAAAGUCAGGACUAUAAUCUGGACUGGCAUUUUUACUUCUCUGCUUGCCCCUUGUACCAGGCCCCAAGUAUCUGUAUACGAGCGGCCUGUCCUACCCCAGGCACCAUCACCAUCACCAGUAAAGGAAGGCUAUAGCUCCCUUUCCAUUCAGAAUAAAGAGCUCAGCUGUCAAA